AUGGUUGCCGCUACUUCAGAGGAGAUGGUCGCAUUGAGUACCACCCAGGUGAUCAUUCAUCCAUUAGUAUUACUUUCCGUAACAGACCAUGCGGCCCGAGUAGCCAAGGGUGGAUCGAAGAGAGUGGUAGGAGUACUACUGGGGCAGGACUUGGGGAGCUCGCUGAAUGUAGCGAACUCGUUUGCGGUACCGUUUGAUGAGGAGGAGGUAGCUUCAUCCUCAACGGGCACGAGCCAGCCACCGUCAUGGUUCCUCGACCACAACUUCGUCGAGUCGAUGGGCGAGAUGUUCAAGAAGGUCUCGGCCAAGGAGAAGCUCAUCGGCUGGUACCACACCGGUCCUAAACUCCGCUCGACUGACCUCGAGAUCAACGAGGUCUUCAAACGCUACUGUUCUCGUCCUGUCAUGGUCAUCGUCGACGUUCGCGCCGAUUGUGGGGUCGUCAAAGGCUCCGUAACCGAUGCAUAUUUCGCCAUCGAGGAGAUCAAAGACGAUGGUACGGCGACCCAAAAUACAUUCAUGCAUGUCCCAUCGUCGAUCGAGGCAGAAGAAUCUGAAGAGAUUGGGGUCGAACAUCUGUUACGAGACAUCAAGGAUCUUUCGACGGGCACGCUGUCGACCCGGGUGACCGGCCGGUUGAAUUCACUGCGAGCAUUACAGGCCCGGUUGGGGGAGAUCAGCGAGUAUUUGGAGGGCGUGCUUGCAGGAAAGCUACCAGUGAACCACCAGAUCAUCUACAACCUCCAGGACAUCUUCAACCUCCUGCCCAACAUCGACCUCAGUCCUUCCUCAUCUGCAGCUAACGACCGUUCAAAACCUUUGACCGUCGUCACCAACGACCAGUUGUUGGUCGUCUAUCUCUCCAGCCUCAUCCGCGCCGUCAUCGCUCUCCACGGUCUCGUCAAUAACAAACUCGAAAACCAAAACUCGUCUAACGCUAUCGAACAACUAGACAGUAAUUCCCAAUCUAGUCCCAACACCUCAACCACUACUACCAGUACUGCCAAUAAUAAUAACAGCUCGGAUUCAAAUUCUGGCCCGGACAAGAAAAAGUGA